AUGCUGGUGACCCGCGGGGACCGCGGCGGCGGGGAGCGCGCGCCCUCGCGGCGCCCGCGCUGCGGGCUGGUUCCGGCCGGGGCCGCGGCGCUGCUAGCCGGGGCCAGUUGCUUGUGCUACGGCCGCUCGCUGCGGGGCGAGUUUGUGCACGACGACGUGUGGGCGAUCGUGAACAACCCCGACGUGCGGCCCGGGGCUCCGCUGCGAUGGGCCGUUUUCGCCAACGACUUCUGGGGCAAGGGCCUGGCGGACAGCACCAGCCACAAGUCCUAUCGGCCGCUGUGCGUGCUGUCCUUCAGGCUAAACAUAUUUCUGACUGGCAUGGACCCUUUCUACUUCCAUGCGGUGAAUGUCAUUCUGCACUGCCUGGUGACCCUCGUGCUGAUGUACACCUGCGAUAAGACCGUCUUCAAGAACCGCGGGCUGGCUUUUGUCACCGCUUUGCUCUUCGCGGUGCACCCUGUCCACACGGAGGCGGUGGCUGGCAUUGUGGGCAGAGCCGAUGUGUUAGCAUGUCUGCUGUUCCUGCUGGCCUUUCUUUCUUACCAUAGGAGUCUGGAUCAGGGCUGUGCAGAGCAGAGCUUCCCCCCGACGGCUUCUCCCUUCUUCCUGCUGCUCAGUUUGUUCCUGGGGACCUGUGCCAUGCUGGUGAAGGAGACCGGCGUGACCGUGUUUGGAGUAUGCUUGGUUUACGACCUCUUCUCCCCAUCCCACAAGCAGGAUAAGUUGAGCAAUGGGGUGAUCUGUCAGCACAGCCCACAGCAGCCAGGGAACUCCCAGCACUCCUCUCAGCAUGCCCACCCCCACCGUGAGAGCAGAAAGCAGCGCUUCCCACACAAGGAUGCUUGGGGAAGCUGCCAUUCACCGUUGCCACCAAAGCCCAAGAGCAGCAGCGGGUUCCCUGUGUCCCCAGGAGCAGUGUGGUCCCUGAUGAGGUGUCUGACAGGAAGCGACAACGGGAAUUUCCUGCUUACCCUGAGACCGUUUUUAAAGCGGGCCAUUUUGGUCAUCGGUUAUGUGAUGGUCAUUUUGUAUUUCCGCCUGUGGAUAAUGGGAGGAACUAUGCCCCUCUUCUCAGAGCAGGACAACCCGGCUUCGUUCUCACCUCACCUCCUUACAAGGUUCCUUACCUAUUCCUACCUCCUGGCCUUCAAUGUGUGGCUUCUGCUGGCACCCAUCACCCUGUGCUACGACUGGCAAGUGGGCAGUAUCCCUCUGGUGGAGACCAUAUGGGAUGUGAGGAACCUUGCUACCAUCCUGCUGGCAGUGGUGAUGGCCUUACUGAGCCUGCACUGCAUGGCAGCCUUCAAGAGGCUGGAGCACAAGGAAGUGUUGGCCGGCCUGCUGUUCCUCGUGUUCCCGUUCAUUCCAGCCAGCAACCUCUUCUUCAGGGUGGGCUUUGUGGUGGCCGAGCGAGUCCUGUACAUGCCUAGCAUGGGCUACUGCAUUCUCUUCGUGCAUGGACUGAACAAGCUGUGUGCUGGGCUGAGCCGGUGUGGGGCCACCUCCCUGAUGGCGUCUACUGUGUUGCUGCUCCUGCUUUUUUCCUGGAAAACCGUGAAGCAGAAUGAAAUUUGGUUGUCGAGAGAGUCCUUAUUCAGGUCUGGAGUUCAGACUCUGCCCCACAACGCGAAGGUUCAUUACAACUACGCCAACUUCCUAAAAGACCAAGGCCGGAACAAGGAAGCCAUCUACCACUACAGAACCGCCCUCAAGCUGUACCCACGCCACGCAAGUGCGCUGAACAACCUUGGGACGCUGACAAAGGACACAGCCGAAGCGAAGCUGUAUUACCAGAGGGCGCUGCAGCUGCACCCACAGCACAACCGUGCCCUUUUCAACCUGGGCAAUCUCCUGAAGUCCCAGGAGAAGACAGAAGAAGCCAUCGUGCUGCUGAAGGAGUCCAUUAAGUAUGGUCCAGAUUUCGCCGAUGCCUACUCCAGCCUGGCUUCCCUCCUGGCUGAGCAGGCAAGGUUUAAGGAAGCAGAGGACAUCUACCAGGCUGGAAUAAAGAACUGCCCAGACAGCUCAGAUCUGCACAACAACUAUGCGGUUUUCUUGGUUGACGCUGGCUCUCCAGAGAAGGCCGUGGCUCACUACCAGCAGGCCAUCCAGCUCAACCCAAGCCAUCACGUGGCCGUGGUGAACCUAGGCCGACUCUACAGGUCCUUGGGCGAGAACAGCGUGGCCGAAGAGUGGUACAAACGCGCCCUGCAGGUGGCCCACACGGCUGAUGUCCUGUCCCCUUUGGGAGCACUCUAUUACAACACGGGCCGACACAAGGAGGCCUUGGAAGUGUACCGGGAAGCUGUCUCGCUCCAGCCUUCCCAGAGGGAUCUCCGCCUGGCCCUGGCACAGGUUUUAGCAGUGAUGGGUCAGACCCAGGAAGCUGAAAGCAUGACCAGUUGCAUAGUGUCGGAGGAACCCAGAUGCCUGGAAUGCUACCGCCUCCUGUCGGCAAUCUACAGCAAGCAGGAGCAGCAUGAGAAGGCACUCGAGGCCAUAGACAGAGCUCUUCAGCUGAAGCCCAGGGACCCAAAAGUCACAUCUGAACUUUUCUUCACAAAAGGAAACCAGUUGAGAGAGCAGAACCUUCUGGACAAGGCUUUUGAGAGCUAUGAAGCUGCCGUGACCCUGGAUCCUGACCAGGCACAGGCGUGGAUGAAUAUGGGCGGCAUCCGGCACAUCCAGGGAAGCUAUGCAUCUGCCAGGGCCUAUUACGAGAGAGCCCUGAGGCUGGUUCCAGACAGCAAGCUGCUGAAGGAAAACCUAGCCAAGCUGGAUCGCCUGGAGAGACGGUUACAAGAAGUCAGAGAAAGGGACCAGACCUAGCUUCAAGGACACAGUCACGCGGGACUCAGCAGGCAGAGAGGACUUGCUCACACACAGCAGGCUCUGCCUCCUGGUGGCACAGGGAGACAGCUGCUGGUGACCCUGCUGCUAGGGUUGUUUCCAUGAAGACAAACAGCAAAAGGGAACAGGCAGUCUGCAGGGAAGGGAAGUAGCAUGUGCGCUUUAAGGGCUCUGUCUGUGUCACUCCCAGUACCCAGGAUGCAGAUAUGGAAGUGAUUCUUACCGUAGCCCAGAAAUACAGAGGAGACAGCCUCCUCUGAAGUUGGCCCGUGGGGGAGUCUACUUGAGGAAGUACAGUUAAUUCUCAAGAGUCCAGAGUGGGUAAAGCGCUUUGGUUGUCUUGUUGAAGGCAUGGGAGCAGAGCACUUGAUCACUGGGCUUGGUCUAAUAACCCCCAUGAGUAUCACUAAGGACCUUUGGAGAAAUACAUUAAAUUCCACUCUGAUAUACGUUUUUCUAGUGCCUAAAACACGGGCAAGCUUCUAGAGUUGUAUGUGGGUGUCUUUAUGUCUCCAGGAAAAAUCUCCCUGAGCAGUAAACAAAAAUCAACAUCAAAAACAAUAACAAAAAAAGCUCAGCAUCUUUGAUUUGUUACAGAAAUGUUUUUAAAUAAUUGAAUUGUAUUCCAGAUUUUACUAGAGCUGUGUCUCCACUCUGAAACUUCUCAGUGCAUACACCAGGAGAUUGCUACCCUGAAAUACGCUGCCCAGGCAUGGUGGGGUGGGGUGUGGGGUGCGUUCUGCGUGGAAGUGUUAGAGGGCCAGUCUAGAGAAGUGCUCGCCUUUAUUCUCUUAAGGUCAAGACGUCAUGAGAUUUAUUAUUUUUGAGAGAUAUAUUUGAGCAUUGAGGAACCUUUACAGUGCGUUGCAGAAUUCCUCACGGACUGAGUUGAGAGAAAAGAGCUCUAUUUAUUGACUUUCGAGGUUUACUGGGAAUUGUGUGCUUAAGAGACAAGUGACGGACAGCAGACUCCAUGGAGAAUGCUCUAGAGCUCUCGGAUAAAAGUCUAGAUUCACAGUUUUUUAAAAAUAUAUUUAUAUUUAAAAACGAGGAAGGCAAAGUUGAAAUCAUAAUUUGACAUUAUUUUUAGUGUUAUUUAUUGUAUAACUUAUAAAAUAUUUAAUAUAUA